CACGCCUUUGUGGACGCGACUUAUUGCGCAUGCGCCAAUCUAUCAAAACACCGAAAGGAGAGGGACGAGUGCAUGAGGCUAUCCAAGAAAAACAAUGCCUAAUCGAGCGUGCGGUGGCUUCAGUUUAAUCUCAUUGUGACGGCGCAACGAGUGAUCAGAGGAUGGACAACUCUACCGUGUCAGCCUCGGAUGGGACUGCAGAGUGUCCUCUGGUCUCUGAGGACAUGGAGGGGAUCUGUGUAUUGCCAGAUUUAGGUGCCAUCAAAACUGAGCAGUCGGUUGGUGCAAGCCCGGAUGACACGGGCGCCCAAAAUGUGGCCAUGGGCAUCAAGUUCAUCCUGCCCAACCGCUUUGACAUGAAUGUUUGCUCAAGAUUUGUCAAGUCGCUCAACGAGGAAGACAGCAAGAACAUCCAGGACCAGGUGAACUCUGAUCUGGAGGUGGCUUCUGUUUUAUUCAAAGCUGAGUGCAAUAUCCAGACCUCACCCUCGCCGGGGAUACAAGUGCGCCAUGUUUACACACCAUCCACAACCAAACAUUUCUCCCCCAUCAAACAGUCCACCACACUCACCAAUAAACACCGCGGCAAUGAGGUUUCUUCCACACCUCUUCUGGUGCAUUCUCUGUCCAUUCAUCAGCUGGCAGCCCAAGGAGAAAUGGUGUUUCUGGCCAGCAGGAUUGAACAAGAGACUGUGAUCAAUCUCCAAGAUGAGGAAGGCUUUACCCCCCUGAUGUGGGCAGCUGCGCAUGGACAAAUCGCUGUUGUUGAGUUUCUGCUCCAAAAUGGAGCUGACCCAAACCUCCUGGCCAAAGGGAGGGAAAGCGCAUUGUCCUUGGCCUGCAGUAAGGGAUACACGGAUAUCGUGAAGAUGCUCAUCGACUGUGGUGUUGAUGUCAAUGAGUAUGACUGGAAUGGAGGAGCCCCUCUGCUGUACGCUGUCCAUGGAAACCAUGUGCGCUGUGUCGAAAUCUUGUUAGAGAGUGGUGCUGAUCCUACCAUAGAGUCAGAUUCUGGAUUCAACGCGAUGGACAUGGCCGUGGCUAUGGGCCACCGGAAUGUUCAACAGGUGAUGGAGGCACACUUACUGAAGUUACUGAUGGGAAUCAGAGAAUGAACUGUGACACUUGAGGAAAGCAAAGACUUGAGGGACAUCACUGGGCCCUGGACAAUCAUGUAGCACGCCCAGGCUGUCAGCCAACAGGAAUAUUUCUUUCCAUUAAGUGAUAUUUCAACAGCACUGCAUCACGUCAACAUUAUUUUGUGGGCAUGAUGGACAUGAAGGUUUGUGUUGUUUGAAUUUUUAAUUUUAUCCUUCUUUGUAACUGUUUUACGCUGCACUUUUUCACGUCGAAUGUGGACGAGCAAAUUUUAUCAGGUUACACUGACCGGAUUUCACAAAAACAAAAAUGUAAAGUUGAGUACUUCACUACAACCCAGCCUGCUCUCCACUCAGUCUUUAGUAUGCUGCCAAAUAAGCAGUGCAGGCUUUAUUUUGCUUUAUCUAAGCAUGGAAGCUCUGCCCUGACUUCCUUAAAAUAUCAAAUAUUGCUUUACACGCUGUUAUUAGCCAUCCUUUUCCCAUCAUUGCAAGUGUUUUUUAAACUAACUUAUUGACCAUAAUAAUGGUAAAACAGUUUUUAAGAUUAUCAGAAUUUUAAUGUAAUAAAUGGAAUUGGUUCAUGUCCAUACUGUCAGGUUUUCAUAGUGACCACAUUUGUGAGGCUCUUUUUCGGUCCCUGAAGACUACAGUGGGUGGACUGAAAACAUGUUCUUACAGACAGGAAUGGCACUGUGUGCUUUUUUUGACGCUGCCAAGCUGUUUGUUGACUCUAAAGAUCCUUGUGUUGGUUGUGCUCGGUUAAUUUAUUUGAAUAAUUUAGACAUUGUGUUGUAAUGUGAUAAACUUCUCAUAUUGAUAUAACUCCAUUUUGUUUCUCUUCAGAGUGAUACUAAUGUCCAGAUGUGUUUGUUAAUUUUAUAAGACCUCACACCUCAUUUAAAUGUCCCACAAGGUUAUUUUGGUGCUGUUUGCCACUGUACGACGGUGCUUGUGUUUUAUACCAGUAAUAAUAAGUAGUGUAUUAAGAAAUAACAUGCAUUGACCUCAUCAGCCAUUAUUCUGUACAGAUAUUUAUCUGAUUGCAAGUCAAAAUGGUCAAACCACUGUUUAUAAUCACUGAAAUGAAGCUGUUAUUUAAUUAAAAAGAUCUUUUUAAACUGCAUAGAACAGAGUCACAGUCAUGGGGAGAAAAAAAAACACUAGUGGCAGUUGAUUACUGUAGAUAGUAGGGAUCCAAUAACUAUCCUAAAACAGCAAUGGAAAAUACGGUGUCUGUGCUUGAUAUGAAAGAAAUAUAGCCAUGGGUCGUUUAUAAAUGUUAUUUCAUCCUGCUUCUUUUCACAAUAAUACUUUAUUGCAAAAACUGUCAU